AUGAUGGCAGCCCAAUUACCGGAUCCUAUCAGAAACCCGGAAGUAAAAUACACACAGUUAUUCAUUAAUAAUGAGUACGUGGACAGUGUUAGCGGCAAGACUUUCGCCACAAUCAACCCCAGUACAGGGGAAAAGAUCAUCGAGGUCCAGGAAGGGGACAAGGCUGACAUAGACAAGGCUGUGGAAGCUGCCAAGGCCGCGUUUAAGGAUGACUCGCCAUGGAGACUGAUGAACGCCAGCACCAGAGGGACCCUACUGAACAAACUGGCCGAUCUGAUCGAGAGGGACAGACUGUACAUAUCGAGUUUGGAGAUAAUGGACAAUGGGAAACCUUUCAGAGAUAUGUAUGAAAAUGAUAUGAGCAUGAUCCUUAACACCAUCCGGUACUACGCCGGUUGGACGGACAAGAUCUGUGGCAAAACCAUCCCAGUUGAUGGUCCCUUCUUCUGUUACACCAGACAUGAACCAGUGGGAAUUUGCGGUCAGAUUAUUCCGUGGAAUUUCCCAUUGGCAAUGAUGUCCUGGAAGAUAGCGCCUGCCUUAGCCUGUGGAAACUGCAUCGUCUUGAAGCCCGCCGAACAAACCCCACUAACAGCCCUGUAUAUGGGGUCUCUAUUCAAAGAGGCUGGCUUCCCUGCCGGAGUAGUGAAUAUAGUGCCCGGAUAUGGUCCAACCGCCGGUGCUGCCAUCUCUAGCCAUCCUGAUAUCAACAAAGUCGCUUUUACAGGUUCAACUGAGGUUGGACAAAUUAUAAUGGAAGCUGCUGCCAAAUCUAACCUUAAGCGUGUCACUCUGGAAUUGGGAGGGAAAAGUCCAAACGUCGUCUUCGCUGAUGCUAAUUUGGACGUCGCGGCUGAGAUGUCACAUCAAGCAUUGUUCUACAAUAUGGGUCAGUGUUGCACGGCGGGGUCAAGGACGUAUGUCCAAGAGGAAGUCUACGAGGAAUUCACUGCGAAACUUAUCAAUAGAGCCAAAAAUAGGAGUGUAGGAGACCCGUUUGAUACCAAGAAUGAAUCUGGACCACAAAUUGACGAAGAACAAUUUAAGAAGAUUCUAUCGAUGAUCGAGAAAGGAGUGAAGGAUGGUGCCAAGCUGGAGUGUGGCGGGAAGGCCGUAGAGGGUAAAGGUUACUUCAUCCAGCCGACCGUGUUUACCGGUGUCACAGAGGACAUGACUAUCGGCAAGGAGGAGAUUUUUGGACCAGUUCAGCAAAUUAUCAAAUUUAAGACAAUGGAAGAGGUUAUCGAAAGAGCAAACAACACACCUUAUGGACUGGCUGCUGCUAUUUAUACCAACGACCUUGGAAAAGCAGUGACCUUUUCUAACAAGGUCAAAGCCGGAACAGUAUGGGUAAACGCAUACCAUAUUGUCACCCCGCAAAGUCCGUUUGGAGGAUUCAAGAUGUCCGGAAUCGGCCGAGAACUAGGAGAGUAUGGUUUGGCACAAUAUUCUGAAAUCAAAACGGUAUUAAUGAACCCGUUGACGAAGUGAUUUAGCAGACUGACAUUGUUAUUCCAAGGAAAGGAUUUAACAGUUUAUAACAAACUUUUUAUUACACCGUGACUUCCAUGUAAUACAUUACAAUAUUGCAAAAACA